CUUGUCUUUUUAAGUCCUUUCAUGUUGCAUUUUAAUACUUAUUUUCUGGGGGCGGGGAACAGCACAGGCUACAGACAGGGAGCCUGGCUGACUGUACACAACAUGCUGCCAGUUGGUACAUAAGAGCAAAGAAAAUCUAUUUUUUUUCCCUGUAAUUUCCUUCUGCUGUAGUAAUUUUAGGUGACUCUUAACACUAGCAGAUGAAGACAGUGCAGGCAGAAGUGCAAUGCUGACAUUGCCUUUUCUGUUCAGUUGCUCAUUCUGCAUGUCAGGCAAACCUAGUGUCUUUUAGUUUCCACGAGCGGAGGGGUGUUUUAAUAAAAAGUUGGUAACUGAAGUUCCAGAAAAAUUCCAGGAAAUCCGGAAGAAAUCUGCUAGUGUUUGGUUUGUGUUGCGGGAGGUAACAAAGAUUCAGGACUGGACCCCAGUGCCACUGAGAAGAAUACCACUCUCAAACCUCGUUAAUAGGUAAUACUUAGGCUUCUGACAUGUUAAAUUAAAGGUGAGAAGGGCUCUGAUGCAAGAUCCCAACAGGUCUUGCAUGGCAGGAGAUGCGAUGGUGGAAUCCAGCAUUGUAUUGCCAGCUCAGGGGGAACUCUGGAGGGGUGCCCUGAUCAGCUACCAGCCGCUAGAGCCUGCAGGAGUCUGGGAGAGCUAGCCACAGAUUCAAUUAAAGGCAUGAUAGGAACUGGCUACAGUUUUUACCCAGUUUAUGUGAUAACUUUGUGGCUUAUUCCUCAUUUUAUUGUGCUGUUAAUUGAAUGAAUGAGUGGCCAGGUCACCACUUGCGAUGCAACUGACCACUCAGUGGCUCUAGAGAGACCAAGUGUUCAGCUGAUAGAAAAUGGCUUUCACUGAGCUACAAUAGCUUUCUCAAGUUGAGGACCUGGUUAUUAAUAACCCAAACUAUGAGAGUUAAGGAUGUUUUUAGCGGUAUCUUUUAUUGAACCAGCUGUACAGUUGGGAGAGAUGUUAGACACACUUCUGGGCAAAUAGUGACUUGAAAAGGGCACUUUGUGCUUCAGCCCUUCAUAUCUGACCCUUCACCUGAAAGUAGGUGGUGGGGGCAGGUAGAGUUGUCCUGCCUGUUUCUGUUUCUGGGAGGAGCAUGGGCGGGGAGGGAUACAGCAAGAACAGACUCUCUUGCCUGCUUUAGGUUUAUUAGAUAGUCCAAAUCUAAUACAGGAGGAGUGCUUGCUUAAGCGCACCGCCCUUCCCAGUCUGGCUGGGCAUGAAGCACACGGGGCACUUGUACCUGGCUAUGGUGGCUCUGCCUGUGCAGCAGUACCUCUGAAAGGGGCUUGCACAGGAGUGGACAGUUAUUUGGGCUGGAGGGCCACUUAGUGAGUUUUAGGGAGCUGUUGUGGGCUGGUCAGCAGCCUUCCCUCUUCCACCUCCCCUCAACCCCCAACUCCUGCAGCAAGUCACCAAAAGUCCCUAAGUAGCUUUGCCCCGGGGCCCAAGAGCAGCCUGGAACAUGUUCUAACAGGGCACGUUUGGCUGGGCAGUGGGAUGGGACCGCAGCCUGGCGUGGAUUGGCAUCCGAGGGCUGGAUAGGUAGGCAGGGCUGUGAUCUUGGGAUGGUGAUGGCCAGGGCCCAGAGCAGAGCUGUGAUCCACUCCCAGUAUGCCCCUGCCUGCAGAAACAGCGCUCAUUGCAGGGAUUUGUGGGCAGCAGAUCAUGGCUCUGCCUCAGACCACAGCCCCGAACUGUCAGCACCCCAAGAUCCCAGCUCUGCAUUCCUGUCCCACUCCUGGAUACCACUCCCCACCUACCUGUGGCCCUAUCCCAUCUUCCUGCCUGAGCAUGCCCUGCCCACAUGGGUCCCAGCUCGGUCCCCAUGAAGACCUCAUCAGGUGCCCCCAGUGGUGGCUGCAGAGUGCACAGGCUGGAGUGCUGGGGCAUUGGGGCCAAGGCUAGGUCCUAUAGUGGCAGCAACACUAUAGGCAGUGGCCUGAAGGAGCUCCUGCUGCUGGGGCAGCUAGGAAGUGGAGUCCAGCCAUCUUACCACCCUGCUUCAGCCUGCUGCAUGCUCGGGCAGCAGGACUGGCUACACACGCUACAGCUCCUCAGAUGUAGGUGGCUGGGGAAGGGGUGGGGCUGAAGUAAACCCAGCCCGGUUCACCAGGCUGUGACGGGGACAAAAAGUCCCCAUGGUGGGGGCUUCCCCUCCCUUCACACUAUGCAGACCUAGGCUAUGGGACUGGAGGUCUCUUCCUUUUGCCCCACCCCUUCCCACCAGGCUGACUGGCACAGGCAGGAAACAGGCUAGGGAGCAGAGGUGUUACUGCCUCAGCGCUGUGACAUCUGGGAGUGGGGCAGGCCAUGCUUCUCUGGAGCAGACACCAUAGCCCAGGGCCACAAAGCAUCCUGGGAUAAUGGGGGUCUGUGAGUUAACUUGAAUCAGGAGGGGAUCUGGGAUAUAAGUUUCAUAAACUCUUUUAACCUAAAUCAGUUAAGUUGGAUAUUUCAUCCAUCCAGGUUUAUCUUGAACCAGGUUUGGUCAUUUUGAAAGCAGUUUAUGUAUGCUGAACUUAUGUUCUGUUACAGGUUUAAACUGGUGUCCAGUCGCUUUACCCAGUUUAUGUGUAACUUCUCUCCUUGGGAAAUGUUCUAACAGUUAGGCUACGGACAGAAGAGACGGGUUUGUUCUUAACCUAGCCGAGGGAGACAUUAAUCUAGCUAGAGGUACUCCCCAGCUGGGUUAUGAAAACUAUGAUACUUUGCCACAGUGAAUCAAGAGUUAGUGGUUAUUGUGAAUCAAGAGUCUAGUGGUUAGGACACUUAUCCAGAGGUGUAGGGGUAGGGUCCUGCAUUACUGGCCUUGCUUACAGAACUUUUUACAUAUUUUAUACAAUGACUGUAUUAUAAAAUAUGUAACUGGUGCAGGGAGUAGGAACUAGAACCCAGCCCCCAACCCAGGAGGAGAGAAUCCUAACAAGCAGGCUACAAAAUUGCACUCCAUUUUUUCUGGCUACCAGAAUCUUGGAUUCUUUGCUGCAUGGAGGCACAUCUUCAACAGGUGGAGAGCAGAAACUGUCCCAACCUAGCACCGCGUGGUAAUAAGGGUACUCUUCUAGGAGGUGGGCCAUGGAUUGAGGCCCUUCAAACUUUGGAAGAACCUGAAUGUCUUCCAUUUUUUAGCUGAAUGCCAUAACCUUUAGGAGGGACUAAUACCACCACCAUUUAAAGUGACCAUAAACAGUUUUUUUUGCAAACGUAAUCCAUCUAAUACCUAUCAAUCUACUCUGAAUGUGCCUACAGAUUGGACAUCUUGGGCAACGUAGGUUGCCUAGUCUUUGAAUCCUGGAUUGCCUAGUCUUUGAAUCCUGAUAGAGUGUAGGUGUGUGAUGAGUGUCAAACUGUUCAGAACCACCCUAGUCUGGGAUUGUGCAGGAGCUGUACUUUAAAGCACUGAGAGACAUCUAGAGAACUUCAGUAUCAAACUGGGAGUUGCCUGAGUUUUCUACUCUCAGAGGCACUCAAAAAGACACUGCAUGCUUAAGACAAAGUGAAUAUUUUUUUUGCAAAUAAUUUUCAACAAUCCUCAUCAUCACUAGAAAAUACUAGCACAUUUCAGUCUUUGACCAGGCAGCAUAGAAGAGCCUGUCUUUUCAGAUGCAAGUGAAGCAGAAGUCCGGGACAUAGUGCUGGCUGCCUUCAGUAAAAAGUAUGAAGCAUUUGUACCACCGUGAGGAUAUUGGAGGAACAAACCAUUUAUGAAGAGCAGAUUUAUUUGAGCACAGGAUUUUAGCAGUAGAAUUCUGAGUGGGAUAGAAGAUGAACUCAGCUGAAUUCACUGAGGACGAUGAAGUAAAAAAUAUUAAAAAAAAUAUUGUCAAAGUAGAAACGGAAAAUGAAGAUGAAGCACUAGACUGCUCCGUGGCAUCCAGACCUUUUGAGAAACAGCCCCUGGAUGGCUCAGUUACAAGCCUACAGGACUCCAACAAAAGGAAACAGACCUCUCUUGGCGGUGAUGGUUCCGGGAAUCAGCAGGACGCUUUACCCAGCGUGAAGAAAAGACGCUUUACCCAAGAGGGGCUUUUGUCAAGUGUGAAAAACAGAGAUACUGGGUCACCCACUCAGGCAAAUGUAGAACAGUCUAACAAGAACAAGAAUCCCAGUGUAACAUGGCUUUGUGAAGAGGACACUUUCAGUGACAUCACCACUCCGUCCUACAAGAAACCUCUGUAUGGCAUCUCUCACAAAAUUACAGAAAAAAAGAACCCACCAGGGGGAGAGCAGUUUGCUUCCUAUGAACUGUAUGAAAAGAUCAGUCCUAGCAGCCCAUCACAUCUUCGUAAUGAUCAUCGCAAAAGGGACUCUGGGAAUACCAUGGUUGUGACACCUGCCAGCACAGAUUCUGAUCCAAAUGUAUACUCCUUGAUACAAAAAAUGUUUUACACCCUCAACACCCUGAAUUCCAACAUGACUCAGCUUCACAGUAAAGUUGACCUCUUGUCUCUUGAGGUCAACAGAAUUAAAAAACAAGUCAGCCCGACAGAGUCUGUAGCAGAGUUCAAGCCUCCCCCUGAGUACCAAUUGACUGCUACAGAGCUGAAACAAAUCAUGGAUCAAAGCACAUCAGGCGGAGACUUGGCUUGUCGCUUACUCGUGCAACUUUUCCCAGAGCUCUUCAGUGAUGAUGAGUUCAACAGGAGUUGCAGUGCAUGUGGCUUCCUUAACAAAAAGAAACUUGAAUCACUUCAUCUGCAGCUUAUCCGGAACUACGUGGAAGUUUGUUACCCUUCUGUAAAGAAUACUGCUGUCUGGCAACUGGAGUGUUUGCCACAACUUAAUGAUUUUUUCAGUAGGUUUUGGGCUCAAAGGGAGAUGGAAAAUAAUCAGCAGAGUGUGCAGUCCUCCAGUUUUUAUGAGGCUGACCAGGUGGAUUCCUCUCAUUUCAUUGAGGAUAAAGAGCAGGAAGAAGCUUUGUCACUGGACAGGAGUAGUGUAAUUGGCUCAGAUUAUAUUCUGGAUGCUCAAGAUCUCAAUGAGUUUUUAGAUGAAGCUUCCACGCCAGGGGAAUUUUCUGUGUUUUUGUUGCACCGAUUGUUUCCUGAGCUCUUUGACCACAGGAAGCUUGGUGAAAGGUAUAGCUGCUAUGGAGAUUCAGGAAAGGAACAGCUAGAUCCUUCUCGGCUUCAGAUAAUCCGCAGGUACACAGAAAUAUACUUUCCUGAUGUGCAAGAGGAGGAAGCCUGGUUGCAACAGUGUGUCCAACGAAUAAAUGAGGAACUCGAGAGCAUGUACAUGGAUGGGAGUGAGUGUGAACAGAUGAGAGAAGAUUGCUACGAUUCCUCUAGUUUGCCAGAUGAUGUAUCUAUCAUAAAAGUGGAGGACAGUUUUGACUAUGAAAGGCCAGGAAGAAGAUCAAAAAAAAUUUGGCUUGUGCCAAUAGAUUUUGAUAAACUUGACUUCCCCCCUCCUGAUUUUGAUGUUCCUGUUCCAGAUUAUUUGUUGAACAAGGAACAGAUUAAAAAUAUAUAUGAAAGCAGUCUCUCCAUAGGCAACUUUGCCUCUCGAUUGCUUGUACAUUUAUUUCCUGAACUGUUUACUCAUGAAAACUUAAGGAAGCAAUACAACUGUAGUGGCUCUCUAGGCAAGAAACAGCUUGAUCCCGCUAGGAUUAAGUUAAUUCGACACUAUGUGCAAAUACUGUACCCAAGAGCAAAGAAUGAUAGAGUGUGGACGUUGGAAUUUGUUGGGAAGCUUGAUGAGAGAUGUCGACGCAGAGAUACUGAACAGAGACGUACAUACCAGCAGCAGCGGAAAGUCCAUGUGCCAGGGCCAGAGAGAAGAGAAUUUCUUAGCUAUGCAAUAAACCCAGAAAGAUUCAGAGAAGAGUUUGAAGGACCACCAUUGCCUCCAGAAAGAAGCAGCAAGGAUUUUUGCAAGAUACCGCUGGAUGAACUUGUUGUUCCAACUCCAGACUUCCCCGUGCCUUCUCUGUAUCUGCUGUCUGAUAAGGAGGUAAGAGAGAUCGUACAGCAGAGCCUUUCAGUCGGCAACUUUGCUGCCAGGCUUCUAGUAAGACUUUUUCCAGAGCUGUUUACUCCAGAGAAUCUCAGACUGCAAUAUAACCAUUCAGGUGCUUGUAACAAAAAACAGCUUGAUCCCAUUAGACUGAGACUGAUCCGCCAUUAUGUUGAAGCUGUUUACCCCGUGGAGAAAAUGGAAGAAGUAUGGCAUUACGAAUGUAUACCAAGCAUUGAUGAAAGAUGCCGACGUCCCAACAGGAAAAAGUGUGAUAUACUGAAAAAAGCCAAGAAAGCAAAAAAGUGACAAGCCCUUUUAAAUUCCCAAGACUUUGACCACUAAAUUAUUUGUGAGGAGCAUGCUUUGCUUUAGACUGGGCAACUGUUCUCACAAUGGGAGCUGAGGGCACUCAGCACCUGAAAGACUAGGCACUAAGAUUGUUGCUUUUUAACUUGUGUGCUGCAUAUACAAGGGCACUGCAACAGUGGGAAGUGGCUAACUACAUUUGUACAUGGUGAAGACCAUGAAUCACCAGUGAUAAAGCCAUUAAGAGCACAACAUUUUGGCUGGUAGAAAACAUGUAUUAAAAUUGCGUAUUCCACUCCCCACUUUUGCACCUUCCUUUUUAUCGCUUUUUAAUAAUAAAUCUUUUUUUUUAAUCAUUGUGCUCUUCAGGGGCAGUUUUUCAUUAAACACUUGUACACAGUCAAAGUUAAAUAAUUUGGCAUUUGGAAUCUGAAUUUUAUUUAAACCUGCAAACUUUAUAGUUUUUGAAAGUGCCAUGUUCACUGAAAAUUAUUGGAACAUCAAACUGUUUCUACAGUAAUUACAGCUAUGCCUUUUAUUUUGUCCUUGCUGAUAUUGGGAUACUGAAAGUAAUACCACAGCAUCAAAGAAUGGGUCAAAAUGGUUUAAUGUCCUUUUUACUGUUACCCACAUUUUAUUUCCAUUUGUUAUAGGAACUGAGACUUAAUCCCAGGCACUCAGCAUAAAUGUACAUUUACAUUUUGACCCUAUGCCUGAAUUUGUACCCUUACUCACAUGAUUUAUUGCAUUGCCUUCAAGGUGACUGCAGGCCUGAGUAAGUUCUGCUUGUCCAAGUAAAGGGUGCAGAAUAGAAUCCAAAUCUUCACCAGAAGAAUGUGUUGCCAUUGCUUGUUAGUCUCUUUGUUAGAAAAAUACUUGAAACAAGGAAUGAAGGGAGACAUCUUAGUCCUUUUUCUUCACCAGAAUCAUGAUUCCAAAGGUUUCCAGCAUUAAAUACUACACAAAGAAAGAUUUGAUUCUGUAAUGGAAUUAAUUGCUGCAAGGUCCUCACCUGUCAGGUAUGUUGAUUUAACCCAUUGUUUGUAAAUGCAGCACAGCCUGAAUACUCCAAAGGUCAUAGGGGUAUUGAAAUUCCUUCAAUUAUCCAAGCUUAUUUAGUGUAAUAAGUAGCUGUUUGGAGAGGUAAUCUUGUAUGUAUAACUUAGGUUCAGAGGACUGAGAUUGCAUUGUGAGUAUGUUCAAGUAUAAACAAAACUAUUUGAACUCCAUUGUGAUAUCACUAAUUUUUGGAGAGUUCAGCAUUAAAAACAUAGCCUGAUUUUUCUAUUAUUUAUACUGAUGAAAAGCAGAAGGAAUUCCACUGCUAAAAUGAAGAGAAUCAAGCCUCCAGGUGGGUGUUAGUAAGGACAGUGAUCACUUAAGACUGACCAUCCCUAGAACACUGAGUUAUUAGUUAAUGUUCUUUGUGUUCCUCCUUUGGCAUUUAUCAAGAUGGGUUAUAGUAUCAAAUUAGAAGUAAGCCCCACUGUAAAUUUAUAUUUUAGAUUUUGUACAAAAUACUUGAUAUUUUUACUUCAGAUUUUUAGAAUUUAUUGUUCUUAGAAUCAUGUUGACACCUUUCUUUAAUUUUUCCCCUAAAGGCAGAAGAUAGCAAAGUUGCAUUAUGUUAAAGCUACAUUAUGUAAGUCACACGAGCUAGUAGUGGUCACUCGUUUUUCCCAUUGUGAUAGCAGAAUCCUCAAAGAAUGUAUGAAGAGAGUCUUGAAUGUACUAAGUAAUACCCUAAUACUGUUAAAAUUCACUUGUUUCUUCCUCUUGGCAUAAAUAAUAGCAGACCAUGCACAAAAUGGAUAUCAGAGCAAAUGUGGCUAUAAAUAAAAUGAAAACAUUUUACCAAAGAUUAUGAACUGAUACCAUGAUGUCUGCAUCUUACCUUUCAGAUUAGUGCAUAUUUUUAGCAACUGAAUGUAUUGGAACCUUAAGGUUUUGGGUUUUUUUACAAUUGUGUGUUAACUAGCACCUGUAUGUGAACUUUCUACAUGCACUUUUAUGGGCUACAUAAAAUGUCAUGAAAAGAAUGAAGGUCUUUUUUAAUUUACUGUUGAAAAUGGCUUGCAUUUACCCUGCAGCCCAAAAGGUAAGGGUUGUAAUAUGCAGAUUCUCUUUAUAAUUUAUUUGUACUUAUUUUAAUGUCACAUUUGUUUCACUGAUAUAUAAUAGCAAACCCCACAUAAGGAUUCAGCAUAUCACACAGUUAGGAAAGAGAUGAUGAGAACUGACAGAUGUUUCUAUCCAGUAUGAAAAUUGAAAAUGUUUUGAUAUUCAUUAUACGUUACUAAGUUAUUUCUUGUUAAGUCAGUCAGAUGAAGCUAUUCAUAUGAUACACUAAUAAUUUAGGAAUGGAUUUUGUCCUUAAAACAUUAUCACCAAAAGUGAGCAUGCAGCAAGAACCUGGUUGUAUCUCCUUUUAUAUUACAUACACUUUAUACACUCCUCUAAUCUGAUUGUCCAAAAUCCUUUUAUGAUCCAUCUUGCUUUCAAAUAGCUGUUUUUUAUAAAUGAUAUUAAGUCAACACAAGCACAUUUAAAACAACUGUUAGAUUGACAAAGGAAACUUCUUUGAGGUGCAAAUGUAUCCAAUUGGUCAGUUUUAAAAAUGGAGUAAUUAUAUGUAUGAAUUACUGUUAUGAGAGAGUAAAGUUAGCUAUGAACAAUUACAUGAAUAGUAACUUCUUUUUUUGUUUAGUUUGUCUAAGAUUUGUUACUAAGUUCUGGAGUGUCAUUUACCUGUUGAAUAAAUAAGCAGGGACAGCUUGAUUUGCUGUAACUAUUAUGACAUCCUCUCUCUUUUAGAAUGUAACUUUAAAAGGAAAAACUGGCUGUUUUGAAAGUGAGGCAGUAAUGAAGAAAUUCCUAAGUAUUAACUGAAAAAAAACUCAAAACAAAUGUAAUCAUACACACACUGACUUCAUAAUAGGUGAAUAUUAUUUUACCUGUCAGGUCAACAAAUCCUGUUCAGGAGAAUAUCAAGUAUCACUGCUUACUUAUUGUAACUGAAACAUUUCAUUGUGAUAAGGACUGAAUAAUUCACUCUCCUAUGAAGACCCUCAAGGAAACAGCAUAACAUUUCUUGGCUUUAUUCGCCAGAGUGGUGGUGCCAGGUUUUUCCCCAAUACAAAAGAAUAUGGAACUGCUUUUAGCAUCUCACCCAUUUCACACAAAUGAAAACUCAGGAGCUUUGCAAGAACUUUUAAUGUGUAUCAUCUUUUGUGAAAUUUAAAGGGGAAGUUAGCUAUCUAGCAGCCAUCUUUAGCAGGAAAAGUCAAACAGCAUCUUACUUUCAAAAGUGAAAAAUAACCCUUGUUUGAAAUGAUUGCAUUUGGUUACUGUUAUGGGUCAGCUGUAACCCUAAUCAAUUUGUUACAAUUUUGUACUUUUCAGUAAUAAAAACUACUUUCUCUCGCUUCUUAGCAAAAUAGAA